AUGCCCAAGAGAACAACCCUUACUAAAGAACAAAAAAGUGAACUUUGUGCCUUCGCUCAUCAUCAAACAGUUUUAACUGAUGCUUUACUUGUCGAAAAAGCGAAGGUACUUGCUGAUGAUUUGGGAAUCACUCAAGAGACACUAAAUUUUUCUCCUGGCUGGCUUUAUAAAUUCAAGAAUCGAAAUA